AAAUGAAGAUGCAGGCCGUACAGUAUACACCAGGCGGGCCUGAUAAAUUAUACCUUGCACAAGUGCCAAUUCCUGAACCUGGAGAUUUUGAAGUCAGGAUAAAAGUUUAUGCAUCUGCCAUAAACAGAGCCGAUACGUUACAGGUACCAGUACAGUGUUUCUCAAAGAUUAAACUUAUCAAAACUUUUUUGAAAAAAAAUUAAUAACAAGCAUAUUUAACUCUUCUCUUUAUUAAAUUAUUAUUACAACUUUAAUACAACCAUCAAAUUGGUUCAAGAUCCAUACUCAUAAAAUGUUGUGUAAGAAAUUCAUACUCACCUAUUUUGAAGUUUGAAAUAACCAUCCAAAUGGCUAAGUUUCACAUACCAUUUUCAUAAAAUAUUGGAAAAGAACACAUCUAUUUUAAGAAUCACUUUAAGUUUCCUGUUUGAAACAAAAGAUGCAUCUUUUGAAAAUAUUAUGAGGAUAAAUUUGAACCAUUGCACUUAAUAAAAUUUUAAAAUGCAAUUGUAGGCCUAUUUAUAUUAAAAAUGUUUCAUUAACUUAUAACUACUAAACAAUGAAUUUGAUUUAAUUUCUAUUUUCACCAGUUUGUGUAAUGUAUCCAACUGUAGUAUCAGCAGUAUUUUAUUCAUAUUAUUAAUUUAUUAUCAAAUGUUGUGAUAAUAUGAUGUAGGAAUCACUAAUAUUAUAAUGAAUGUAAAUUGCCUUUUUAUAAACCUAAAGAGAAUUAUUUUAUCAUCAUUUUUUUUAAAUUAAUAUUUCUAUACAGAAAAAGGGUCUAAGACUAAGAAUACCAUAACAUAACCUGCCAAAGUAAAGCCUAUCUGGUUCUUGCUUUUUAUUAAUUUGUUUAUCUAAUAUAAAUGUAAAUGUUGCUUUUCUAGCGAAUGGGUCGUUAUAACCCACCAGCAGGAACACCUUUAACAUUAGGUUUAGAAGCAGCUGGAGUAAUAGAUAAAGUUGGUCAGGGCUGUCCAGCUAACAUCAGUGUGGGUGAUAGAGUUAUGGCAUUGUUGACAGGUCAGUCUAUCUCUAUUUCGUAAACCCCAUAAACAAAUAAGAAUAAUAAUUAUUGGAGAGUUUAAGUUUUUUAGUUGAUAAAUUGAAAUUAAAUGGAUUCAAAAUGUGUGCAUUUAAAUUAAAUUAAAUAAAUCUUUAGUAAUUAAACUUAAAGUUAAGCUUUAGAAAUUAAGGAUUAACAUGUAACAUCCUUGAAUUUUUUCAUUGUUAAGAAAACAAUGUGAUAUAACAAAAGAGUCAAUUACUUUUAGGAUCCUUGUCUAAAUUUCAUGAUUGUUAUAAAUAAAUUUUUAGGGAAAUGCAUAAGGUUUUUAUAAAUGUUUGUUUCCAAACCUUCAAUUUCAAUACUGGAAUUUUUGCAUAGAAGCUGUUUAUUUAGAAAGAAAAUUUAUUUUUGUGUGUCAUAUAAAGAAAUGAACAUUAUUUGACCAAAAUAUACAAGAUUCCUGCCCAAGGCAAUCAGGGACUGGAACCAUCUUUCAAAAGGAACAGUUGAGGCGACAACACUAGACACAUUUGUGUCUAUUGCCUCAAGCCUUCAUUGGGGAUCACGUAUUAAAGGAGUAGUGGUGGUCAUUGUCUUACAUUGCAAAUCCCAUCUACAUGCAUAGGAGCCAAAAUGAUCAAUAAAUUGAUCGUGGGCCCUUAAGAUAUAGAAGAAGAAGAAGAAGUAUUCACAAAAAUUAAAGGUUAUUAUUAUUUUACCUGUUAAAAAUUAUUUACAUGCAACAAAACAUAUCAGUAUACUUUUCAAUUUGGAUUUUUUUUUUUUCCAUCCCUAAAUAGCACACUUGACAAUUUCUUUUAUUUAAAGUCUUUGCAUUCAGGAACAAUUGGAUGUAUUUGAUUGUAUUUUGUGCUAUUUAUGUUUGAGACACUUGGAAUAUUAUCAGUUUUAUUAUUAAUCCACAUAAUGCCUAAGAAGUUCCUCAGUGAAAUCAAUUUGAAGUUAGCGAUUAGGUCACUUAAGUUCUUCUACAUCAUAUCAACUCUACUGAAGAGAUUAUUGUUGUCAAUAUCAACAAAAUGGAAAAAGGGUUAUUCAGUGCUAUUUUCCUUAGAGUGAUAUAUCCAUUUAUCAAUUUUUCACAACCACACAUAUUGGUUGUCUAACCAAUAAAUACACCAUUAGUUUUGGUUCUGUUCCCAAAAGAAAAUCCAUUUUUUGUCAUACAAUUAUAAUUAGAAUGUGUUUUAUUUUCUCUCUCUUAAACAGUUAGAAGUUUAUUAUCUCUUAUCCUUUACACACCUCCCUUUAUUUUUUUUAAAAUUAUGUUAUUAUUGUCUGUUUUAAUAUUGGAAACUUUGAAGAAUGUCAUAAUUUUAAUAAAUCUGUUUUUGGCCAUAAAGGCAUUAGCCCCAAUUCCACAUUACAGUAUUGAAGUUAGCCAGUAUUUUUGUACCCUGUGGAACUUCACAGUUGCCAUGUACAUUAGAGGUCCAAGAAUUUUGUAAAAUUGAUCUGUUGAAAUAUCAACAAACCCCUGUUGACUGAAGGUUUAGAAGGUCCCAUUGUACAUGAAAAGCAGAUGCAUUUUACAACUGUUUCCACCAAAUCCAGUUGAAAAAUAUCUUGAAAAGUCUUUAGGAUUAAGAAACUGCCUCACUGUAUUCAUUUUUGACAUUUCUUUCCUCUUUCUGGAUUGGAGAAACUUAGGAUUGGGACUGGAGGGUCAUCAUUUAAAACAUCAUAUGAGUUGAAUCUGCGACUGUGAAUGUAAAAAGAACAUUGAACUGUGAGUUCAAAAAGAACAACUAAUAUUAUAUAUGCAAAUUUGAGGGAUGAAAUGAAUAAAAAGUAUGUAGGCCUAUGCCUACUAAUGCUUCACUUGCAAUUUUCAGUUUUCGUAGUUUCCAAUAAGGUACAAAAACAAUUAUAACUUUAAAAUAUAAUUUCAUUGAUUAAUAUUUUUAUUUACAACACAUAUGUAAAAUUGCAUUUUCUUUGGGUUGAAAUUGAAAUACAUCAUCAUAGCUAGUUACCAAUGCAUGGUGUUACUAAAUACUGAUUUGGGGCUAAAUCACAAAAUUGUGACUCUCUUUUCCCCACACAUCAGCUAUAUAAAGUUGGUAAUAAAAAUAAAUAAAAGAACUCCCAAGACUGUAAAUCCAUAUACAUGCCAAAGCAUCCCUUAUGCACAACCCUGUGAUAAUUGGGAUAAUUCUAAUCUAAUGUUCAAUCCCCACUUAUACCAUGCAAUGAACUGUAGUUUCUUAAUAAGAUCCAAUACUUAUUUCUGUGUACAUCACGUAUUUAAAGAAAAAAAUUCAUUUAACAGCUGAUCUUUUGUUGAAAUGUUAUUUCAAAUAUUUUUUUUUAAAGCACUCUGUUCUGUGAAGAUAGAAGAAAGCUAAAUUAAAAUGUGUACACCAAACAAAAGCGCACCAGGAACAUUCCUGUAAUACAUGUUUGAAAGCACAACUUUCUCAAUAAAAAAAGUCUUCUUAAAAAAUAACUUAAUUUCAAUGUCCCUGGAAGCCAUUCAAUUUGAAGUAUUUGAAGAUAGUUUUUGUUUUUUUACUCUUUACCCUCUACAAUUUCAGAUUUUUUAAUUAAAGCUUUUGGGAUAAAGGGAUUAUUACCAAAAUAAACACUUGGCUGCAAGGCUUGCUGUCCUCUCGGAUACUACAUUACAGCCAAGUUUUUAUUUUAAUUGUUAGAUUAGUUUUACACUUGUUUAUUCACUGAAGAAGGCUUCUUGCUCAGAACUUGCUGACAUGUUUGUUGUUUUGUUGAGUCCCUUUUCAGGUUUUUCCUAUAACCCUGUUUCACUUAUUUCAUUCUACUCUACCUAAUCUGAUAGCAGUCUCUACCCUUAAGUACAUUUUUAAAUAAUUGUUCAGGUGGAGGUAAUGCUGAGUUCGUGACAUGUAGAUAUGAGCAGGUUAUGCCAGUGCCAAAGGGCUUGACCUUGUUACAAGCCACAGCUAUUCCAGAAGUCUGGAUCACAGCAUUCCAGCUUCUAUACACAAUCGGUGGGCAUUUUUUUAUUAUUUUGAUGAUAAAGAGACUAACAAAUAAAUUGAACAUGAAAACUUAAGUUUACCUGCAUCAAUUAAAAUUUGAAAAUGUACAGUUUACCACAAAGGUCAAUUAUCUUUAUUUAUCAUAUUUUAACAUUAUUUUAAUUAUAUUAUGAUUGUGUACCAUUAUUAUUUUUACAGUAACAGUUUAAAAUUUCAAGUGAUUGGGGAUUAUUUUAACUUAAAUUAAAAAUGGUUUUAUCUUUGUUUUCCUAUGUUUCUCUAGGCAAACUGAGGAGUGAUGAUGUAGUUUUGAUUCAUGCUGGAGGCAGUGGAGUUGGAACUGCAGCGAUUCAGCUGGUCAAACAAGCUGGUGCAGUUCCUAUUGUGACAGCUGGCAGCCAGGACAAGAUUGACUUUGCCAAGUCACUUGGGGCAAAAGGCGGGAUAAACUACAAAGUGGAAAAUGUGGGAGAGAAGGUGUUGGAAAUAACAAAUGGUGAGUUUUUAGACAUAUUAUUUUGCUAGGGCACCAGUUAAGUAAAAGUCUCAUUUAAUGAUUUAAUGAAGUUGUUUUUUUUAAAUCCUUCUUUGUUGAUUAUUAAUUAUUAAUAUUUCUCAGCACAUUUGACAUAACAGUUCAUGUUUAGAAGUUAAUCUAAUUUAUGAAACAUUGAUAAAUCACUUCAGACUAUGGUGUUGUACUUCCAGGUCAAGGUGUCACUUUGAUUUUGGACUGUGUAGGAGCAACAAUGUAUGAGGAAAACCUCAAGGCCAUAAGACUGGAUGGCAGAUGGAUUAUUUAUGGAUCUUUGGGUUAGUUUUUAGCAAUGAUAAGUACUGGUAUCAGAGGCUUGUUAUUAUUAACUUAAUUGGCCAUUUUUAUAUGAUAAUAAUAGAUGCAAAGUAUAGCAGUACUCUAGAUUAACAUUAUAUUAUGCAAUUAAAAACUUUAACCGCAUUGCAGUCAAAUUGCACCAUAGUUUUGAAUCGAAAUUUUGUUUUAGUUUAAGGCAGCAAAAGGUAAUUUAUGGUUAAUCGAAAUAUAUUGAUUUUUAGCAAGAAAAAAAAACUAAGAGUGCUACAUUAGUAGAAUAUAUAUUGUUCUUGUGCAGGUGGUUUACAGGUCAACGCAGACAUGAGCAAGCUUUUGGCAAAGCGAAUCAGUCUGCUCUUCACAACUCUGCGCUUCAGAUCUAUUCAGGUGAGCAUUUUUGUUGCCCUAUACACCCCACUUUUUUUAUUUAUAAAUCUUUUGAAGUGAUCUGCAUAUUUAAUUACAAUUUAAAUUUAUGUGCAGAAGAAUAACAAUAUCAGGGAAACACAAAUGUAAGAAAUGCAGACUUAAAAAGCUUUGUGAGCAUAGGCUGUAUUGAUUAUCCUACGUAAUAAUACAGUGAAAACUUCAUUCACUUCUGUCUACAUCAGAAGCCAUUUUCUGAAAAUUCAUUUUGACCAAUCAGAAUUCAGCAUAGAGUUCAAGGACAGAAAUAUUUUGAGGUUCUUAUACUGAUAAGGAGAAUUCUAUGCUAAAAGAUUUUGUGAUGCUUAUUUUUAAACCACUUAACUCUUUCGCUGCGGAAUUUAUUAAUUGAAAAAUUUACAUUAUUUUUCGAAGAGCAAACAAGAGUGAGAGGUUGGGUUUAUUAAAAGAUAUUUAAAAUAUUAUUUUUUGGUUUAUAAGACUAAACUUGGUAUCAAAUGAAAGAUAAUUGAAAGGAUUAUAAUAUGUUUGUGAACUUAUUUCUUCAGUUUAAAUAAAAUAAGGUACAGAAAAGAACCAUACAAUGUGAAAACAUUAUAUGCUAAACUAUUUUCCCCCAAACCCUAUGAUGUAGGCCUACGUAUACCUCAUCUUCACUUCUAUAACUCAAAUCUUCUAAAUUACUAUUAUCAGAAUCAUGCGAUGGAUCUAAAUAUAAAUCAUCUUCACUAUCAAAAGAAAUUGUAUAAAACAAUUCCAAAGCUUUUUGGGCUGUUAAUUGUCUAGGAAACUUACUCACCUAUUAGGGCCUAGGCUAGCCAUAGCAACAGUAGAAAAAAUAAGGAAGAAAAUCAUAAAAAUAAUGAUUCAAAUGACAGCAAAUAAACCUUGGUUUCGCUUAUAAACAAUUAAGUACCACUCUUCUAUGUAAUAGUCUUAUUUAAAAAUAGCUCUUAAAAACUUUAACCGAGAAAUAGGAAAGAAACAAACAAGAUAUUUAAACGACGCAGAGCGCGUUGGUAAGUGCUUUUGAGAAUGGCGGAUAAACGCACUCUGCAAUGUUCUGCAGGGAAAGAGUUAAUUACAGUGUUGUGAAUAGUUCUAAUUUUAAUGUUUUAUUUUCUGAUAUAUUUAUUUAACUGCUCAAUGCAUAUAGUGUGUUCAUUUCCAUUUUAUAUUUCAAUUCAGUAUAAAGCAAAUUUAGUCAGUGAUUUCACCAAGCUGUCCAUCCCAUUGUUUGAAAACGGAUCCUUCCAACCCAUUAUCCAGACGUCAUUCCCAUUAAAAGAUAUAGCGGCAGCACACUCUAUGAUGGAGUCAAACCAGAAUUUGGGGAAAAUUGUUCUAAAUGUCAGAGAAGAUGAUACAACAAAGGAAGUGGCAUAAUCAAAGAACAAGUCUAAUUUAAUUACAGAUAUUUUUUUUUAAACAUGUUGUAACAGCAACAUACCAAAAAACUUGGAUAAAAUAUGCAUUUAUGUAUGAUGCAAGCCCCAAUUUUAAAAGAACCUUUUUUUAAUCUGCAGAAUAAGUCAAAAUUAUGUUAUUACACUCAGAGAUUAAAUAAAUUAUUAUAUUCAUAUUGUCAGACAUCUUAGCCAGAUUUUCGUUAGUGGGAAAAUAUUAACUUUGCGUACCGGUACCGUAGCGAUUGAUAAAAAUAUUUAACAAUGUUGUCUUUUGUAAAAAUAAUAAGGCUUAACUUUAGAUUAUAAUUUUUUUUUUUUCCUAAAAUUUAAAUCUCGUCAUAUUUUAUCUUUGUAUUAAAUUUAAAACCGUACUUUUUUUAAAAUUUGGAAAUGUUAAAAUGUUUUGCAGAAAAGACAUUUUAAGUAACUUUUUUUUUACGGGUAGUUAUUGUCAUCCUAUUUCUUGGUCAAUUUAAAACUGGCUAUUGCUGUAAUAUUGAUUUUAAUUUUAUUUGAAAUAAUUUCAAAUACAUUCCACUAUCAAUGUUCACUUGUUUUUGUUUUCUAAUGAAUGAGGCAUAUAUAAAUAUAAUAUGUGGUGCUAAUGAUUUUGGUGGUGAUAAUAUUAAAUAUUAGUCUGAAAUGUUAGACAGCAUAACACGUAAGUUAAAUUCUUGGAGAUGUUUGAGUUGCGUAACAUCUUUAUUUUGUGAUAAUAAUUGAGUGGGAUGAUUGAAAUCAAAUGAUUGGCACCAUAUUAUUGACCACAUGAAAAAAAUAAACCCCAUAAUAGAGAUGCCAUAUUAUUUAUUUAAUUGCAUUGGGUUAUGCAAACAUUCAUAUAUUUUUGUUACGGUAUUGCAUUUUAUUUUUGAAAUGAACAUUUUCAAGCAUUAUUUUAUAUUUCCUUUACUAAAAAUGAAGAUGAGGCUUUGAACACAAAAAUAAUAUGCAUAUUUAAUCUGUAUGCUGCCUCAAAGAAAAAAGUUGUAUGCAGCUGUGUCAGAAAGCAUCAAUACCACCAGUUGAAUUUUAAAACUUACCUUUACAUACCGGUAUAUAAUAUAAUUUAUUAAUUAUGAAGUCUAAGUGAGCCUGCACUUUUUUCUACCACAACUACUUUUUGUUUCUCUACACCUUUUCCCUGGCUCGGCAUCAGGACAAUUUUUACUGUUUUUCAUUCCUUUAACUUUAAUAGCUUCAUCUACAGGGUAGAUGCCUGCACGGAGAAAUGAAGAUUUAAUGUUCUUCACUGUCAUUGCCUUCACUAUAGCUAAAUACAUUAAAUGGGGCAAGUCUGAAGAAGUUAUGCUUUGUCUGCCCUCAAGAAAAUCAGCACAAGUCUUCCUGAGUGCAUGUCUAAUUGGAUAAAAAUAAUCUAAUUUACAUGAAUGAGUGAAUUCUGGUAGGGUAUAAAGUACUAUUCCAAGGCCACGAGUCAUCUCAGCCAUGGCAGGUGUUACUAUGUUGGCCUGGUCUCCGUACAGUAGAAGAACUUGGUCCUCAUCUUUUUUUCCUGCAUUUGGCAGGAAGUGUUCCUUUAAAAAGUCUUUUAAAACGGAAGUAGACACAAGGCCUG